UUUGCGGGUACGCUGCCCCUCUAGCCCUUGCUUCACUGCUACCCUAUCCAUUCUGACCCUCUCACAGGAAACAAUGAAGGGAGACACCAGGCCACUCAGCAGAGAGGAGGAUGCCAGCGGGAGGGAAGACUCCAUCAUCACCAACGGGGACUGCAGCAACCAGUCUUCUGACUCCAAGGACGCGCCGUCACCCCCGAUCUUGGAGGCCAUCAGCACCCCGGAGAUCAGAGGCCGCAGAUCAAGCUCACGACUGUCCAAGAGAGAGGUCUCCAGCCUGCUAAGUUAUACUCAGGAUCUGACGGGUGAUGGAGAUGGCGAUGAGGAAGAUGGAGAUGGCUCCGACACUCCAAUAAUGCCAAAACUCUUCCGGGAAACCAGGACUCGGUCUGAAAGCCCAGCUGUCCGAACCCGAAAUAACAUCAGUGCCUCUGGCCGGGAGAGGCACAGGCUCUCCCUCCGUUCCACCCGAGGCCGGCAGGGCCGCAAUCACAUGGACGAGUCCCCAGUGGAGUUCUCAACUACCAGGUCCCUGAGGCGGCGCACAGCAUCAUUGGCAGGCACACCAUGGCCGUCCCCGGAGAGCCCCUACCCCACCAUCGACCUCACCGAUGACAGUGUGGUGCCCCAGAGCAGCAGUACCCCUUACACCCGCCUGGCUCAGGACAGUCAGCAGGAGAACUUGGACUCCCCACAGAUGUACACAGAGGGCAGAGACACAGACGGCACCGAGUAUCAGGAUGGGAAGGAGUUUGGAAUAGGGGACCUCGUGUGGGGAAAGAUCAAGGGCUUCUCCUGGUGGCCUGCCAUGGUAGUGUCUUGGAAGGUCACCUCCAAGCGCCAGGCCAUGGCCGGCAUGCGGUGGGUCCAGUGGUUUGGCGAUGGCAAGUUCUCUGAGGUCACUGCAGAUAAGCUGGUGGCCUUGGGGCUAUUCAGCCAGCACUUUAAUCUGGCGACCUUCAAUAAGCUGGUCUCUUAUAGGAAGGCCAUGUACCACGCUCUGGAGAAAGCCAGGGUGCGGGCUGGCAAGACCUUCCCCAGCAGCCCCGGAGACUCAUUGGAGGACCAGCUGAAGCCCAUGUUGGAGUGGGCCCAUGGGGGCUUCAAGCCCACCGGGAUCGAGGGCCUCAAACCCAACAACAAGCAAACAGUGGUUAAUAAGUCGAAGGUGCGUCGUGCAGGCAGUAUGAAAUUAGAAUCAAGGAAAUACGAGAACAAGAAGCGCAGACGCACAGUCGAUGACUCGUCCACCUCCACGGACUACUGCCCGCAACCGAAGCGCCUCAAGACAAACUAUAACAAUGGCAAAGACCGAGGAGAGGAGGACCAGACUCGAGAGCAAAUGGCUUUGGAUGUUGCCAACAACAAGAGUAGUCUGGAAGACAGCUGUUUGUCCUGUGGUAGGAAAAACCCCGUGUCCUUCCACCCUCUCUUUGAGGGGGGACUCUGCCAGACGUGUCGGGACCGGUUCCUCGAGCUGUUCUACAUGUACGACGACGAUGGCUAUCAGUCCUACUGCACCGUGUGCUGUGAGGGGCGCGAGCUGCUUUUGUGCAGCAACACAAGCUGCUGCCGGUGCUUUUGUGUGGAGUGCCUGGAUUUGCUGGUGGGCACGGGCACAGCUGCAGAUGCCAAGCUGCAGGAGCCCUGGAGCUGCUACAUGUGCCUCCCUCAGCGCUGUCACGGGGUCCUGCAGCGCCGGAAGGACUGGAAUGUUCGCCUGCAGUCCUUUUUCACCAGCGACCCUGGUCUCGAAUACGAAGCCCCCAAGUUAUACCCUGCGAUUCCUGCAGCCCGAAGGCGGCCCAUUCGAGUCUUGUCCCUGUUUGAUGGAAUUGCCACAGGGUACUUGGUCCUCAAAGAAUUGGGGAUCAAAGUAGAGAAGUAUGUCGCCUCUGAAGUGUGUGAAGAGUCCAUCGCCGUUGGAACUGUUAAGCACGAAGGCAAUAUUAAAUAUGUGAAUGACGUCAGGAACAUCACAAAGAAAAAUGUUGAAGAAUGGGGUCCCUUUGACUUGGUAAUUGGUGGGAGCCCAUGCAAUGAUCUCUCAAAUGUGAACCCUGCCAGGAAAGGCCUAUAUGAGGGCACAGGCCGACUUUUCUUCGAGUUCUACCACCUGCUGAAUUACGCACGGCCCAAGGAAGGUGACGAUCGGCCCUUCUUCUGGAUGUUUGAGAAUGUGGUAGCCAUGAAGGUUGGCGACAAGAGGGACAUCUGUCGGUUCCUGGAGUGUAAUCCAGUGAUGAUUGAUGCCAUCAAAGUGUCUGCUGCUCACAGGGCCCGAUACUUCUGGGGCAACCUGCCCGGGAUGAACAGGCCCGUGAUAGCAUCAAAGAAUGAUAAACUCGAGCUGCAGGACUGCUUGGAGUUCAAUAGGACAGCAAAGUUAAAGAAAGUACAGACAAUAACCACCAAGUCGAACUCGAUCAGACAGGGGAAAAACCAACUUUUCCCUGUUGUCAUGAAUGGCAAAGAAGAUGUUUUGUGGUGCACUGAGCUAGAAAGGAUCUUCGGCUUUCCUGUACACUACACGGAUGUGUCCAACAUGGGCCGUGGUGCCCGCCAGAAGCUGCUCGGGAGGUCCUGGAGUGUGCCUGUCAUCCGACACCUCUUCGCCCCCCUGAAGGACUACUUUGCCUGUGAAUAGUCCCCCAGCCACUCUGGGGCACUGGGGUGUUGGGGCAGAGCUGGGACCCAGGAGGUACAUCCCAGGCUCUGUCCUUCCUUAGCUCAGCUGUGUGGGGUCACACCAUGGAUCUUGGGCCACAGCCACCCGACACCCUCCUGGCAGGGGGUGCCCAGGUGCCACCUCCUUGCGCACAAUUCAACUUGGCCUCUUAGAACGGCCAAACACGGUGCUCAUAUUAUCUUGUAAAACUUUGAAACUUGAAGUAGUUAGUAAAGAUUGCUUUUUUUCCCCUCCCUCCUGGGUUUACCGCUCAGAAACAAUAGCUAAUGUACCAAAACCACAGUGCUGACAUGACUGCUCUCCCAUACUCAGGUUAAGGCUGAAAAGUGAACCGAGACAGUUACUGCAAUACUUUAUUUUUUAAGCGUCUGCAGCAACUUGUUUCCAGGUGUGUACAGUGGUAGACAUGUAGCUGAGGGACAUUUUAAGGGACCGGGAUGCUUUUUUUCUAGGGCAGAUUUGGAAAUGAUGUCUGCCAUGCUUGAAUUUUACCCAGCAUGUUCCCCUCACCUCAGUAUAAAGGGCUGGGAUGCAAUGUUGGGGCCCAUUGAGAGUAUUGUCCACACUGGUGAUAGUUUCAGGGCUAUUUUUCCCCUAGACCCAAGGGGAGGAAGGGUCACCCUUAGCUAAAUCCCUCCCAGUGACUGCAAUAGAACCCUCCAGGCAGCUCAGGAAGGAAGGGGUGGGCUGGGUCAUAAGCUGACAUAUUAUAUAGGUAGGUAUGGCCACUCACUAUCUCUUCCCCAUGUGAGGAGUGAAAGAGGACCCUUAGGUAAGGACUCCACCCCCCCCCCCCCCACACACAAAUGCACCCUCCCUUCAUCACAGAUACAGGUCCCCCAGAUUAGAAGUAUGACCCUAACUCCUCAGUCUUUCUCGAAACACAGAAGCAGUGAUAGCCAGGGGCAGAAGCACAUUCCUCGCAUCUAAGAGAUUGCAGGGGGAACACUGUAAUAAAAGCGUGACCCUCCUUCCAGAGAUUUUUAAAGUCCUUUUUUAUUCCAUGAUAAUUCUUUUGUAGGGAUAACAUGAGGUGGACAAGCUGCAUUUCAGAAAUGCUGUUGUAAUGGUUUUUAACACCUUUUACUCUUCUUACUGGUGCUAUUUUGUAGGAUAAGGAAUAUUAUUGACAGGUUUUGUGGGCGUUUUUUUUAAUACAUUUUUUAAAACUCAGACUUCUAUUUUUUUUUUUUACCAUUUUCAUAGAAGUUUUUUGUGUGACGGGAGUCACAUAACAAGAAUGGGGGUAAAUUGUGCCUUGUUUCAACAAGUUUUUGUUAUUUUUGGGGCUGAAAGAUAAAGGACGCCUGUUGUUUACCUUAUGUUGGAUUAAAAUCAGUAUUUCUCUAUAA